CCAAGAAGAAGGAGUUGGAGGAGAAGAUGGUGGCCAUGGUGCAGGAGAAGAAUGACCUGGCGCUUCAAGUCGCAUCUGAUUCAGAGAAUCUGAACGAUGCUGAGGAAAGGUGCGAGGGGCUCAUCAAGAGCAAGAUCCAGCUGGAGGCCAAACUCAAAGAGACGACUGAGAGGCUGGAGGAUGAGGAGGAGAUGAAUGCUGAGUUGACUGCCAAGAAGAGGAAGCUGGAGGACGAGUGCUCUGAGCUGAAGAAGGACAUUGAUGACCUGGAGCUCACCUUGGCCAAAGUGGAGAAGGAGAAGCACGCCACUGAAAACAAGGUUAAAAACCUGACAGAGGAGAUGGCGUCUAUGGAUGAGAGUGUUGCCAAGCUGACCAAGGAGAAGAAAGUCCUCCAAGAGGCCCACCAGCAGACACUGGACAACCUGCAGGCUAAAUAUACAGUACAUGCUAUUAUUAUGUAG